CACGAGUUCCGCUGGCGUCACUUCCGUGAACGGCGGCGUGUGUGCGAACUCAGCGUCCGGGGCCGGCGGGUUGGCGUGGCCGAGGCGGGCGGCUUCUCCCUCGCGGCCUUCCCUCGCCUUGCAGCGCCGGCCUUGCCUCCUUCCCUCAGCGCCGCCGCCAUGGCGAUGAGGCAGACCCCGCUGACCUGCUCCGGCCACACGCGGCCCGUGGUAGACCUGGCCUUCAGCGGCAUCACCCCCUACGGCUUCUUCCUCAUCAGCGCCUGCAAGGAUGGAAAGCCCAUGCUCCGCCAGGGAGACACAGGAGACUGGAUCGGGACGUUUCUCGGACAUAAAGGAGCUGUCUGGGGCGCCACUUUGAAUCAUGACGCCACCAAAGCAGCCACGGCAGCUGCUGAUUUCACUGCCAAAGUGUGGGACGGCAUCUCAGGAGAUGAGCUGCUCACUUUGGCUCACAAGCAUAUUGUCAAAUCGGUGGACUUCACUCAGGACAGCAAUUACCUGUUGACUGGGGGACAAGACAAGCUGUUGCGUAUCUAUGACUUAAACAAGCCAGAGGCAGACCCCGAAGUGGUGAGCGGCCACACGUCUGGUAUUAAGAAGGCUCUGUGGAGCAGUGAUGACAAACAGAUCCUUUCAGCCGAUGAUAAAACUGUCAGGCUCUGGGACCGAAGUACAUUCACCGAAGUGAAGGCCAUCAACGUGGCCAUGUCUGUCAGCAGCAUGGAGUACAUCCCGGAAGGGGAGUUAAUAGUGAUCACCUACGGAAGGACCAUUGCCUUCCACAGUGCAGAAACACUGGAGCAGAUUAAAUCCUUUGAAGCCCCUGCAACAAUAAAUUCUGCAUCUCUUCACCCCGAAAAAGAGUGUCUGGUUGCUGGUGGCGAAGACUUCAAGCUUUAUAAGUACGACUAUAAUUCUGGUGAAGAGCUCGAAUCGUACAAGGGGCACUUUGGACCCAUUCACUGUGUCAGAUUUAGCCCAGAUGGAGAGCUGUACUCGAGCGGCUCCGAGGAUGGAACGCUGAGACUGUGGCAGACGACAGUCGGCAAAACAUAUGGUCUCUGGAAAUGUGUGAUUCCUGAAGAAGAAGGGGGAGAUCUGGUAAAACCAAAGGCCAACCUACCAGGAACUGCAGAAGAAGACCUAGAAGAUCUCGGCUCUGAAAACUCAGAUACCCUCUACAGCACGGCCCCCGAAGUCAAGGCUUGAGCUUUGCAGCUGCCGACUGCAACACGUGGACAUUUUGAGGCAAAAAAACACAAGAAAGCAGGGGUAUGCAGCGGCCUCCCGAGGUACACACUAUAUCUGAGGCAGAGAUGGGCAGUAAUUGAUGAGAACAUGUUGGAGCUGGUUGUCUUUACCGAGAGCGGGGCGAGUCGAACGGCAGCGGGUUUUGCCCUCCGUUGGCAACCGCCGCCUUUUGCUUUUUUUCUGAAUGUAACACGGUGGCAGAGAUCCGGUUCCUCCAACUUCAGUUAUAACUCAACGUAGCGUUUAUUAUCGAGGAGAAAUGUAACGGCUUCUGGCAGGGUGUGCGCUCUGUAGCAGAGAAGAUUCAGCAGAAGAUGGGGGAUAUAUGGUUUUAAAAAAAGAAACUGGAUUGGGUUUUGUUGUGGUUUUCGUUUGUUGUCCGUUGCUUCGGUUUCCAGCAGUCUAAAUAAAGGCCUCUGUUGCAGCCACGUGACCCUGAGGAGGCUUAUCCAAGGAGGAAGUUAGACCAUCUGUUUCCAAACAAUACAGUGUUGUUCAUUCAAGCUGCCAUUCAAAGGAGCGCACGAAGAGUGGCCCGUGGCUGCGCACAGUGGGUGGCUGCGUGCCCUGCUGUUUGAGGCCUGCAUUUUCUCCCCCUUUUCUUUUCAGUAAACUUUUCUACUCAAAAGUAUCUCUCUAAAAAUAACAGGUGGGAGGAUGCAUGUAUUAUAACUGCCACGAUUAAACGUAAUACCCUGUUGCGGAAA